AUGGACAUCUUUGAAGAUAUGGCUAUGGGGGACCAAUCUUUAAAGGGUCAGAAGUUUUGUCCCUGGAAGCUCGUCCGAUCUUAUCCCCAUCGCUUGACCGAUCUGGAUAAUCGAGAAGAGGUGAUAAAGGUCUUUACCAAGCUACUAUUCGAAAAUCGCACCUGGGAUUUGUUCUGCCUGUUGGAUCCUAGUAAAACUGGCAGGAAUCCUCUUCUGCUAGUCCCUAGCGCCCAGUUUGAGGAACUUCUAAAGCAUGUUAACUCCCAUCUGAAAUUACAACUCGACAUCCCAGAGGGCGAGAUUGGUAAGAACUUCUCCGUCACCUUUGGAGAUUGGGACACGCCUCUUCCUCGUUUUCUGGGCCGCGCUAGUAAUUCUACUGUUUUGGACGAGCUUGUGCUCCGUAUUCACAGACUGCCUGUAGAUGAUUUGGCUCAGCUUAGCACCGCUGCCCUGCAAAACUACAGAGCGAAGAUGGAUAAUGUGUAUGGAUCAUUGAAGCAGGUCAAGGAUAAGGCAGUAGUGAAGGCAUCAAAGAGGGCAAAAUCGAUUCGGAGAAGGAUCAGACGCCAGAAGGGUUAUGGACGGAUGACCAAGCGAGCACAGAGAUACCUCGGGCUUCGAGGCCUUUCCGGAUAUCCAUCUAGCUUAGAUAUCACGGCGACGGAUUGGAACGUGGAUAUGCCAGUCCCCUUUAAACCAGAAGGCUCUAUACGCUUUGUCUCUGUUGACAUCGAGGCAUGGGAGAAAUCGAUAAACGUAAUCACAGAAGUGGGCCUAGCAAUCCUCGACACUCAAGACACUAUAAAUGUUCCACCUGGUCGAGAUGGCUACAGAUGGUUCCCAUUGAUUAAAUCACACCACUUCAUAAUUGAAGAGCAUAAGAAAAAGAUAAACUAUAAAUAUGUCCAAGGGUGUCCUGGACAAUUCAACUUUGGCGAUUCUAAAUAUGUUGGUGUAAAUGAAAUUGGCAGGGUAAUCAGCAAGAUUAUCGGAGACACUGAGUCUCCUGAUCAAAGACCAGUUAUCAUAGUAGGACACGCCGUCUGCCAAGACUUAACUUACCUCAAGAAACUCGGAUAUAAUAUCUGGCAGGCGCCACAAUUUAUAGACGAGAUAGAUACGAGGUCGAUGUUUCAACAUCUAAAAAAAACUACUAGCGGUGGUGGUCUCAUAGCUCUUUGCAAAAGUUUAGGGAUGCUAUGCAGUAAUUUCCACAACGCGGGAAACGAUGCAACGUAUACGCUGCGCGCUAUGAUUAGUAUCGCGGUCAAGCAGAUGAUGAGUGACUCCGGGGGACAGAAGGAAGCGAACUCUAAUGAAUUAGAGGAGGAUGAAUGGAGCGAUGGUAUAAUGGACGACGGAGGUCCGCCUCAAAAGUCAGCUGAAUGGAUGCCGAAGCCAGUUCACAAAACUAAAAGCACAUAA